UGAACAGAUUCUUCGCUAACACGAACCAGGAGGGAACAAUGAAUUUGUCGUGAUUUCAUCCACCCUCUUUGCCGGUAAAAUUGAAAACCACUUCCCCUAUACAAAGCUUUGUCUCUAACAUUACUUGAACUAUGGAGUAUUGAGAAGCUUUUUGAAUCUGCUUCUUGCCCUUCUACUACCAGCUGACAUCUCUUCCCUCUUAAAAGCCGCUGCUUUCCAUAAGCUUGGUGCCAUAACAAGCUUAACCUCCUCCUCCUCCUGCCUAAGCAUCGCUAAUAUUUCCUCACGGAGUGAAGGAAUAAAACCAGUAGACUUGAGACAUGACGUUUCUCACUCAACUCCCGCGUUUCUACACCCCCUUCUCCGUCCCAUCGUCUUCUCUUUAUGCCCAUCUUUUCCUUCUUCCCAAAACAAGAUUGCCCACUACUUCUACAUACAGUUGCAUAGCCAAAUCUGCUAUCCCCUCACAAUCGCUCUCAAUUUCGCACUUUUCUUCGAUUGCCGAGAUUUCAGAAGAUACCCAAAGCGAUAUUCACAACCAUUUGGUGAUUCCAGAGGAGCCCCAGAUUGAAAUUCCCCUCGAAAAACUUUUUGUUCCUCCGGAAACCGAUAUUUCAUCUGGGUCUACUCCGCUGAGCACUAGGGUGUUGAAGGGUUCAAACAUAGUUCUUAGCAAGUAUGCAAGGGACGCCCAGAUAACGCAGGCGGAGUUUGUGAAGAGCAGUACGCGGACGGAGCACUGCCCUUCGGAUGGGCUGCCUGAGUUUGCUCUUGUCGGCCGGUCAAAUGUUGGAAAGUCGUCACUGCUUAAUUCCCUAGUUAGGCGGAAGCGGCUUGCGCUCACUUCGAAGAAGCCUGGGAAGACACAAUGCAUCAACCAUUUCCGGAUAAAUGAUAGCUGGUACCUAGUGGAUUUGCCUGGAUAUGGAUAUGCAGCUGCACCACAGGAACUUCGCACAGAUUGGGAUAAAUUUACCAAAGACUAUUUCCUCAAUAGGUCAACACUUGUCUCUGUAUUCCUCCUUAUAGAUGCAAGCAUUCCUGCAAAAAAGAUUGAUCUUGAGUAUGCCAGUUGGCUGGGCCAGAACCAGAUCCCCAUGACAUUGAUCUUCACCAAAUGCGAUAAGCGGAAGAAGAAAAGGAAUGGAGGGAAAAGACCUGAAGAGAAUGUGCAAGACUUCCAAGAGCUUAUUCGUGAGUUCUUCCAAGCAGCACCACCAUGGAUUAUGACCAGCAGUGUUACCAAUCAAGGUCGCGAAGAAAUACUACUGCACAUGGCUCAGCUUCGAAAUUACUGGCUCAGACACUAGGGAAGUAAGUCGGGCUUUUUCUCUAUUCAUCCUGCUAGUCUUAUUAGAAGAGUGCCAGAAAGUGCUAUUGUAAUUUGGGUGGUGGGAUGAUGAAUGAUGGCAAUGCUGCCAUGAACCUUAAUAUUCAUUCUGUGCUGCUCAGUGCUCCCCACGGAUGUCACCUUAUAAAAUGUUUCUGGCACUGCAUCUGCAUGACCCAGCGUCAGAGACUGAUUAUCCCUCUUUAGUUGGCCCCUGACAUGGACGGAGCUUCUUCUAAUUUUGUUACACAAUCGUCCUCUUCGUUGUCGGUGUGGUGUAAUCACUGUAGAGAUAAUAGCAUCAAGACACCUUACAAAUGAAUGUGUUGCGGGCACUAA